AUGUCAACCCAAUCCACCCACCCCAUCCUCUUCACACACUCCGCUCCGCAGCAGGCAUUCCGGUUACUGGAGCUCACGCCUGAAUUGGUGGGAUUGUUAACGAAGGAGGGGGGAGCUACACUGCAACUAAAAUCCCCUGCCCAAUCCCAACCGCAUUCCCAAAAACCCACCGACCAGCAGCAAUACGUCAACCUCUGCACCCCAACCCAAACCUACCGCAUCCGAGAAGUCCAGUCCUCGAACUCCCUACACAUCAUCCGGCCCAGCGAUGGGGGCGCCAAACGCGGAGAUAUCAAUAUCGUCGGAGGAGCCGGCGCUCAAGUCGGUGAGGAAGGGCUGAAUCUCGACCUGGUCGACACGAUGACUGCUGUUGCGAAGUGCGGGUCGACGCUUGAGUUGGAUGUUCCGUCUGGGGGGUUCUCUGCGAGGCCGUUUUUGGAGGGGUUGGUGGGGGGUUUGAUGGGGAUGAUGGGGAUGAUGAUGAUAAAGGAGAGAGGGGACAUCAUUCGUCGUGUUUUUGACGAUGUCCCGUUGUCACUGGCUGAGUGUGAGAGGGGCUGGGUUGAGCUUUGUGCGUUUGUGCUGCCUUGUCGCGGUGAGAGCAGGAGUAAAGCUGUGUCUGAACAGUGUCGACGGCCUUCGGCGCAGGUGAAGAUCGACGUGUGGAAGAGGGCUAUGGAGGGAGCCGUGCUGCAGGGUAUCGACCUGGAGAAGCAGUUCCUGGUGAGGGAUUUAUGGAAAUCUGUUCUUGAAGAGGACGACGAUGGUAGUGUCGUGGAGCCGUUCCCUCGGGAUCUGUUUGAGGCUGUUGUUAGGCGGGUUUGUGAGUCUGGGGAAGAGUUGGGGGGGCUGUUUGAUGAUGCGCAGAUGAAGUGGGCGAGUAUCGACAAGACGAAGUGUUUACAGUGGGUUGGUGAGACUUAUCUGGAAGCUGUCGCGCCCUCUACAAAGACAGCUGUUGGUCGUGUUGAAUUCCUCGCUGCUUGGAAGAAUCAUCUUCCUGAGUCGUGGAGGGACGAAGUCGCAUUGUCUAAAUUAACCAACAACUCGUACAAACUUCCUGACCCUACGACUAUCUGCUACGUCAACGAAGCAGACCGCCAAAAGCUCAAAAACAAUCUGUCCACAGAUAUCAGCGCCGACACGGCAGCGAAGAAGUCACGGAAUUGGCAUGAGCUAUUCAAAAAUAAAAGGCAGAAACGCUGA